GGGCUUGCCCCCGUGGGGCGGGGCUGCCGGGCGGCGGCUUCGUCAGAGGGCCUUGGGAGGUGGGGGAGAUUUCUGCUUCCGGCGAACAGAGGCCGAAGCGAGGCCUUCCUUGGCAGCCUUCUGCCCCUGUCAUCGGGCUGAAUGGGGCUGCGAGCGCCUGUCCUACAAAAAGGCCCCGUCCAGCCUUCGUCGUCUGUUAGGCGCUAAAACUCGAGCCUCUCCCCGAGCAACCGCUUUGGCUGUGCCAAUCUCUUUCGGUGGAACAAGGCCGUAGAGGUGCUACGGAGGGGGACUCCGUGGCCCAGAAGCGAGGGAAAGCGGGGCGCCGGGGAGCGGAUGCUGCCCAUUUCGAACCAGACUCCCAACCCCGUUAGGGUGCUGUGUGGAAGAAGAAGAUGGAACUGAGAGUACGUUUGCGCUAAGAAAAGGGAAAGGCUGCUUGGCCACCGAAUCCUCACCCUAACCCAGAUUCCUGGAUCAAGUUCUCUGACUUGUGGGACAGUGAUUUUAGGUGGAAACAUGAACAGAUACCUCCCAGUAGCACGACAGCAUUUCCUGGCUGUGCUAGCCAGCACCAGUGUAGUAGUGAAGUCUAUAUGUGCCAUUGUCAUAUUGCUCUACCUUCUCUCUUUUGGUGUGGACACAGUGUUUGGACUUGGUGUUACACCCGGAUAUCUCUUUCCACCCAACUUUUGGUUAUGGACGCUGGCAACCCACAGUCUGGUGGAAAAGCAUAUUUGGGAUGUAGGUGUAAGCCUGGCCACUAUAGUGGUGGCAGGAAGGUUGCUGGAGCCACUGUGGGGUGCCCUGGAACUUCUGAUCUUCUUUGCAGUGGUGAAUAUUUCAGUUGGGGUUCUGGGGGCCUUUGCCUAUCUUCUUACUUACAUGGCAACAUUCAGUCUGUCUUACUUAUUUUCUGUUCGCAUUUAUGGCAUGUUGGGUUUCCUUGGUGGUGUCUUAGUGGCCCUCAAGCAAACCAUGGGUGACAGUACUGUUUUGAAGAUACCUCAGGUGCGAAUGAAGGUUGUUCCGAUGCUCUUGCUUCUCAUCCUUUCAGUUUUGAGACUGACCACUCUUAUUGAAAGCAACAUUUUGGCUUCUUAUGGUUUUGGGGUCCUUUCCAGUUGGAUAUAUCUUCGUUUUUACCAGAGGCAUAGCCGAGGGCGUGGUGAUAUGUCAGACCACUUUGCAUUUGCCACAUUCUUCCCUGAGAUCCUACAACCUGUGGUUGGUUUGCUGGCUAACCUUGUGCACAGCAUCUUGGUGAAAGUGAAAGUCUGUCGGAAAACAGUGAAGCGUUAUGAUGUUGGAGCCCCUUCUUCUAUUACCAUCAGCUUGCCUGGAACAGAUCCUCAGGAUGCUGAACGAAGGAGACAGCUGGCUCUAAAAGCAUUGAAUGAACGGUUGAAGCGUGUGGAAGAUCAGUCAGCCUGGCCAAGCAUGGAGGAUGAAGAUGAAGAAAAUAUUAAGGCCGAUACUCCAUUGCUACCUGAAAAGAGCCGGGACUCUGUCGCUGUUGGGAAAUCGUCCAGCCAGGAAUCCAGCCUCAUUACCUUUGAAGAUGCCCCUUCUCAGUUGUGACCAUGAAGCAUUUGCAUCUUCUACCUGUCCCUGCAUAUCAGAGCUGCUAAUAACCCUUCACCUGCCCUCCCUCAUCCUGGUCCCUGUUUUGCAGGAACAAAACACUAUGCCUCCUGGCUACCUCCUUCCUCCGGCAUUUGUGAGCCUCCUGGGGUUUUACCAAGUCUUAGGACUCUUUUGGUGGAAACUGUUAAUUGUCAAAGUGACCUGGGAAUUUGUUUCAUCUCUUCAAAAAGGUUUUGAAAUUGAGAACUUCUCAGAACUGGCAGGGGAGGAAGGAGGUCUUCGUCUCAAUAAGGAGCAUCUCCUUAAAAAGCCCUGCAAAAUUUGCCCUGCCUAUAGCUGCCAUUGUGGCUAUUAACACAAUGCUUGUGUCUAGUUCCUUUAAUGGUGAUUUUGGUUAACCUGAAUGGAGUCUUGUAUUCUCCAUUCUGAUGAAUCUGCUCCUAUUUGAGCUCUGAAUGCUAAAUUAUCACAUAAACCCCAUCAAAAUAUCACAGAACAACCACUUCAAGUAUACAGCACUCCUCUGAUUUCAGUUUUACUUGGUGGCAGUGAUUGUUGUCAAUAAUUAUUUGGCUGCUUUUUUUUCCUUUCAGAAUUAGUUAUUGAUUAAAUGAGCAAGUACUUUUAAAAAAACCCUUUGUUACUUUUCUUUCCCAUAUCCAUGGGUUUCAUCAUUUUAAGCCCUGCCAAAUAAAACUGUUGGAUUCCCUCUUGUAGAGGCAGCAGUUAAAGCCUUUUGAUAAUAGUAAUGCCAUUACUGAGUUUUUACGGUGAAAGGAUACAGGCUGCAGCUCGCUUCUAGGUUGUCAGUUAACACAUGGACAGGAGAACAUUGUCUCAGACUUUCCAUAGGACUCUGAAAGGAAAUUAAUUUGAUUUGGUUUUUCUUCAGUUCCAUUUACAAUUACUCAAAUAGUAAAGCAGCUUUUGUCUUCAGUGGGGAACCAGUGCAUUCAGAUGUUACUGGGGUGAAUUUUUUGCCAUAGUCAGGUACAUAACUGCUCCCGUUUUAUUUUGUAAGUGUGUUUUGCAGGAGACUCUGACAAUUCCUCUGAUGCCUGCUUUUUCUGUUUGGUGAGAUCAUUAGCCUCCUUGCCUUUGGGCUGAGGGUUUUUUUAUGUGGGGCAGCAAGUUCUGAGAUUUCUUGCCUUGACAGCCAGCGCCUAAAGGUGAAGAACUGGGUUAGGUAGCACUUAAAAGAAUGGAAAGAGAAUGUGUGAAAAUGUUAAGAUAAUUUUUUAAAGGACCGUGAUUUUUUUUUGUCAACCAGGAAGUAAAACACAGAUUUUAGUAUCAAUAAACAGUUACUUCGAA